ACCACCUACCUUCAAGGUUGCAUCCAGUACCAAGGUUGUGUCCACACCAGUGUGUUAAGGCACACAUGGGUGGUUACAGAUCUUAUUUUUCCAAGUGUGCUUUUGUGUGCAUUCAUCCACACAUGGGCACUUUAGACUCUUAUCUCAAUGUUUUCCAUCCACACUCAUGUAGAUGUUGCCUCCCCUCAGUUUGUACUUCCCCACUGUCUCCUGAGUUCAGGAAACCAGGUGUCCAUUGUGGGCAUAUGUACAGGUAUUUGUUUAUCUGCACGCAUGGCCAACUGUUUUUCAUAGAAUCGUAGAACUGUAGAGUUGGAAGGGACCUCAAGGGCCAUCUAGUCCAAUGCAGGAAUCUCAACUAAAUUAUACAUGACAGAUGGCCACCCAGUCUCUGCUUAAAACCAAGGAAGGAGAGUGCACCAUCUUUUGUGGGAGUUUGUUCUACUGUCAAAUAGCUCUUACCGGUACUUCUUCUUGAUGUUUAGUGAGAAUCACCUUUCUUGUAACUUGAACCCAUUGGUUCAGGUCCUAGCCACUGGAGCAGGUGAAAACAAGCUUGCACCAUUCUCUGUGUGACAGCCCUUGAGAUAUCUGAAGAUGGACAGGGUUGCCAUAUUCUGAAGAGCAAAAAAGAGGGCACAUUUGCCGACUUCUGCUUUUAACUAUUGAUUUCUAUGAUGGCUCUACCCAUGAAAAGGUGUCCUGGAAAAAGAGGGCAUAUGGCAACUCUUCUCAUUUUUUCCAGACUUAUACAAAACAGCAGGUUAAAAAACCCAAAGCCUUGUGUUGCUUGGCCCAAUCAGCAGCCCACUGAUGAGCACCUCGUCAAUGGGAAUAGAGAUGGCACCCAGCAAAAAUGUUAUAAGUAAACAAACAAACUCACCUACAACAAUGGGCUUCAGUACAUACAAUUUUAUAUUGUUGUAUUUCCCUUCACCACGGAUCGGGAACAUCCAACUUAAAUGGCGUAAAGUGCCAACUGCCAUUAAUUUGGAUGAGUACAAGGUCGUGCUGAUGAAGCCAAAAAGCAUGCACACCUGGGAUGCAUCACACCCACUUUAAACCGCCCAGGACAGGAGUCUCCAACAUGUGUGGUUUGGGAAUAUAAUUAGGGAGAAAGGAAAGAGCUAUGUUCCUACCUUAAAGGGGCUUGAACAUCUAAAGGAAGUGCUGAGCGAGUUUCCUACUUCCCCCUCAACCUUCCCUGCCCCCUUUUCCAAACUGCACCAGCUGCUAAGGCCUGCCUCCUGAAGGGACUCACCUCCUUUCCAACAAGGGAGCUAAGGGGAAAUAUUCCCCCAGAGGAGGAAUGUGCAAAAAGCCCCUCCUGCUGGAGCUUCCAAGAGGAGUCUCGGAGGAUGCAAAGCAAUUCCAAGUCCUCCUCACCCUUCCAGGGAACUAAGGAGGGCUUUCGCCUCCAGUCAGCUGCUGGGAGAUGAUGUGCAGAUGAGGAGCUCCCAGGAAGGGAGGAAGAAGAGGCGGGGUUGAAGGAAGAAGGAUGGGUUCUUGGCGCCCAGGCGGGGUGUGCCGCGUUCAGACCACCUCAGCCAACAGCUUGCUUGGCUCCAGCCCUGCAGCCUCCACCAACGACCCCCUGAGUCAACGAAGAAGCGGCCCUGACCCUUCCCCGUCUCAGAAGAGGGGUCUUGCCCUGUGCUGAAUUUCUUCCUCAGUCGCUCAGGCCCCCUUCGCUUUCACCCGGCCACCAUGACCGUCAAGUUGCGCUCCGGCUUCUACUUGGGCAAAAAGUCCGCCGCGCUGCUGGCGCUGCUCUCGGCUGCGCUGCUCUUGGCGCUGCUGGUGCUGGCUAUCCUGUACGGGCGCUGCGCGCAGGAUUUAAAAGGAAGAGGCGACCAGGCGGCGGUGGCGGCGGCGCCCACGGACGAGGGGGCUCCCGCCGCCAGCGCCGACCCACCCGCGCGGCCGCCCGGCGCGUGGGACGCCUGGCGUCUGCCGGGGGACUUGGAGCCACUGCACUACUCGCUGCUGCUGUGGCCGCACCUGGCGCCCGGCCUGCCCGAGCCGCGCACGCACUCGGGGCAGGUGAACAUCACCGUGCGAUGCCUCCGCGACACGGACGCGGUGCUGCUGCACAGCGUGGAGCUUGUCUACCAGAGCGCCGCCGUCUGGGGGCCCCUGACGGGCGCUGGCGCCAAUGGCAGCGUGGCCGUGGCCGAGCUGUGGGAAGCGCCGCGGAACGAGUACGCGGUGCUGGAGUUGCGCGCGAACCUGAGCGCGGGCGCCCUCUAUGAGCUGCAGCUCGCCUUCUGGGGCAAGAUCCAGGCCGAGCCGGAGUUCCAUGGGCUCUUCGGGAGCAGCUAUAAGGACGAAGGAGAGAGCAGGUGGUUGGUCGUAUCUCACCUAGAACCGGCAGGUGCCAGGAGGGUUUACCCAUGCUUCGAUGAGCCUGCAAUGAAAGCUACCUUUAACAUCAGUAUUGUUCACCAUCCAAGCUAUAAAGUGCUUUCCAACAUGCCGAUUAAGGAUGUAUCUGAGUAUAAAGAUGUGAAUGAGAGCACAUUGAGUACUUUGAGUAAUGGGACUUCACUGAUGAACUGGACUGUCACAACAUUUGAAACAACACCAAAAAUGUCCACAUAUAUCACUGCUUUUGCGGUCUGUAACUUUGAUUAUGUCACCACAGUGGAGAGGGGCAAUGAGAUACGCAUUUGGGCUCGGAAGGAUGCAAUUAAAAAUGGAUCUGCUGAAUAUGCUUUAAAUAUCACUGGACCAAUCUUUUCAUUUAUGGAAGACUUACUUAACAUCAGUUACCCUCUUCCAAAAACAGAUCUGCUUGCGCUACCUGAUAUGGAAGCUGGUGCUAUGGAAAACUGGGGGCUAAUGACUUUCCAUGAAAAAUCCUUGUUGUAUCACCCAGAAGAUAAAUUAUCACACCAGAAAUAUUGGAUUUGCAAAAUUAUUUCCCAUGAGAUAGCACACCAGUGGUUUGGAAACCUAGUUACCAUGCAUUGGUGGAACGACUUAUGGCUUAACGAAGGAUUUGCAUCUUACUUGGAGUAUCUCGGUACAUACUACAUAAUGCCCACAUUGCCUCUGGACAAGAUCUUUAGCUAUGCAGUGCUUCAACCUAUCUUGCGCAUGGAUAAUGAACUACAAAAUCAGUCUUUAUCAGACACAGGUGAAAGACAAGAAUCGGACGCAUUAUUUAAUCUGUUUGGUUUAAUAACAUACAAGAAGGGGGCUGCCAUCCUCCGGAUGCUGUCCAGCUUUGUGACUGAAAGGCUGUUCAUGAAAGCACUUAAUUCGUACCUGAAUGCAUUUUCCUUUUCAAAUGCCAUCCAGGAUGAUCUGUGGGAUCACAUUCAAAAGGUAGUAGAUGAACAGAAUGACCUCCAGUUGCCGGCUCCAGUAAAAGUUAUAAUGGAUUCGUGGACCUGCCAACAUGGCUUGCCACUCCUAACAGUAAAUCUGACCACUGGGAACAUCAGUCAGGAACCGUUUUAUUCUAAAAAAGGAACAAACAAGACCAACAACAUGUGGACGAUUCCCAUUUCUUGGUUAAGAAACGGAACUGUACAACCUUUGGCAUGGCUCGAUAAGAGCAGCAAAAUAUUUCCGGAAAUGAAGAUAUCAGAUUCAGAACAUGAUUGGAUUAUUUUAAAUGUGAAUUGGACUGGCUACUAUAGAAUUAAUUAUGACCAGAAGUCUUGGAGAAGACUGGCCAAAGUUCUUGAAAGAAACCCAAAGGUCAUUCCUUCUGUAAGCAGAUUUCAACUGGUGGGAGAUGCCUUUGAAUUGCGAUGGUCUGGUUAUACUGAGUAUGAUACUCCACUAUAUUUAACUAAGUACCUUGAAAAGGAAGAUGAUACCUUAGUGUGGGAAACGGUACUGCAACAUCUAGAAGUUGAGAAUUGGGGGCUCAUUCAGAGUGAUUAUGAAUUAUACCCAGUUUUAAAGAAAUAUUUCUUAACAAGGAUUUCACCAAUAUGUCAUCAUUAUACUAACCUCCUUCGUCAGAGCUUUGAAGUACUGGAAGAUGAAUUUUAUACUGUGGGCAUAGGAACCAUUCUAAAAACUGCAUGUUGGUUGGGGGCCCGUGACUGUUUAGACCUAGCUUCCGAAAUCUUCACCAAGUGGAUGAACGAUCCCAAUUUUGAGGUUCCUGUUUCUAUUAGCCGUGCAAUUCAUUGCUAUGGUAUUCAGCUGGGUAGCGACAAAGAAUGGGACUUUGAAUGGCAAAUGUACAAGCGGAUUGAUAGUCAAGGAAAUUAUUACCUACUCUUCGCCAUGAGUUGUACCCGCGAGCCAUGGUUACUUCAAAGAUUCUUGCAGUAUAUCCUGAACGAUUCUGUAAUUUCAUCAGAUCUUGUAUCAGAAGUAAUUAGAUACGUGGCAGAAAGUGAGGCUGGCCACUGGAUAGCAUGGAAAUUCAUAACAGAAAACUGGUCACGUUUGUAUAAUAGGUGCUCCUUUGAACCAUUAUAUGCUUUCAUGGAUUCUAUCAGUACAGACUUCGAGGUUCAAGUGGUCCGGGUUUUUCUUAACAAUACACUUGAACCAGAACAAACAAUAAUUCCUACAGAGAUGCUGCAGAAAACGAAAUCUAGAAAUGAAGAAAGAAAAGAAUCAGUUACUAAAAUGGUCAAGUGGCUACAAAGAAAUAUGGACAUUUGACAUUUGAGAAUUCUUCCAAAUAUCUGUUUUUGGCAACUGCUUUAGUAGCAUUUUUUUUAAAAGGAGCACAUAUUUUGUGCAUAGAGCUCCCACUUAAUGUUUUAAAUGGUGGUAGUCUUGCAAUAGUGUCUGUGCAAACCAGGCUACUGUGGAGUCAAAUUUCUACUCAGAACAUUGCCAUAAAAGACAGAAUGAACUAAAAACAACCCCGUGCCUAUACAAAGGUAAAAGGAACCUUAAGGAAUAUCUUGACGCUCAUGUCAAAUGGACUGAAUGUAGCAAGCCUUACCAAUUGAAAUGAAGAACUAGCAACUAGAGGAAGCCAUUGUCGUCAGUUUGCUAUGCGACGUGGGACUCUUCGGGCUGCACAUCUGUAAAAUUUCAGCUUUCUUGCCUCUUAAAGGGGGGCAACAUCAGCUCGCUUCCUCUUGCUAACCCCCCAAAUACUCCUUCCACAUCAACCCCUAGAGCUUCCCCUUCCUACCCCAAGCAAGUACUAAACUCACUUUUCACUUUCCCCACCCAGUUUCUGAAGCCACUUCUUCUACAGUAUUCUGCAGCCCCACUAUCUCCCCCCUUCCACAUUGAGACAGCUAAACAUCCUUUCCACCUUCUGUCCAGUUAUGAAGCCACCGUGCCACUUGUUCUUCAGAAGCUUUCAUCUUUAAGCCCAUUUCCAUACCUCCUCCUUCCUUGCACCCCCAUUUUCAUGUUCACUUCUUUAUUUCCUACAGCCCCUACUUUUCUCAACUCUCCAUUGCACACAGAUCGCCCCCAUUUCUAGGCCUUUUCCUCUCCUAUUGUCACUCCCUUUUUGCGCGCACACUCCAUUAACUCCUUCACUCCUUGCUUCCUAUCAACUCUUUCCUUCAACUUUCUAUUGCACUCAGACUACCACCCCAUUUCCGUGCCUCCUCUUAUUCUGCACCCCUCUUUUAUGCACACUUUUUAUGCCCUCUCUUUAUGCUGGUAUUUGUUACUGUACCGCUAAGCCUAUCAGCCUUUCAGCUGAUGGAUGUUGUACAACAUGGAUGUUUGCUUGUUAAUAAAAUGUAUCUUCUAAAUUAC